CCCAGCAGUGAAACUGGUCCUUUGGGCUCCGAGAUGAAAGGGAAGCCGGAAUGUGCAGGUUGUGCCAGGCAGAGAUUUCGGUGAUUUUGCAAAGCAAGGAGGGUUUCAUCACUCGGGGAGUUGGGCUGUGGCUCAGCCCCCCCAGGCCAUCUCCAGGGCUGUAUAAAAGCAGCAGCUACCCAGGGUUGUUCCAUCUCACUCUCCUGCCUCUCUCCUCCACAUCGGGAUCCCCUCCCUCCCCAGCAGAGAAGAUGUCCUGCUACGACGUGUGCCCCACCACCCCCAGCAUCUCCUGCCCCCAGCCCGUGGCCAACAGCUGCAAUGAGCCGUGCGUGCGGCAGUGCCCCGACUCCACCGCGCUCAUCCAGCCCCCGCCCGUGGUGGUCACCUUCCCCGGGCCCAUCCUCAGCUCCUUCCCCCAGCAGGCCGUGGUGGGCUCCUCGGGGGCACCCGCCUUCGGGGGCUCCCUGGGGCUGGGGGGCCUCUACGGGGGCUCCCUGGGCUACGGGGCCCAGUUUGGAUCGGGGGCCCAGUACGGAUACGGGAGCCCGGCCCUGGCCGCGCUCGGCGGCAGCUCCUGCGGCCCCUUCUCGUCCCGCCGCUACAGCCGCGUCCUCCGCAACCUCUGCGGGCCCUGCUGAGCCCGGGGGGGCCCCAGAGCCCCGGGGGGGGGCCCAGAGCCCCGGUGAAGACCCCAAACCAGAGCAAUGAGGACAAGGGCUCGGCCUUCCCGCAGCCCUGACACGGAGCUCCCGCCCCUUCGCCUUUCUCAUCCUUCUCCUGCUCUUUGGUGGCCCCUCAGCGUCUCCUUGUUGCUGUUGUCGCCUGUUCCAGCUUUCCCAGGGCGCUCAUUCCCUGUGGACACCACCCCCAGUGACAAGAACCUUCAGCAGCAGCUGCACAACAGCCAGGAGGAGCCGGCUGAGGAUGGGGAUGUCUCGGAGCAGGACGUUUAUUGGUCGUGCCCUGGAAUUGUCUGGAAGGGGGGUUUUCGUGCUCUGUGAUAUCUCGCUUUGCAAACAGGCAUUUCUUGCUCAUUAAAACUUGUUGCAUCACACAGCAGCCUCUGGUUUCCCUUCUUCCCUUCAGCCACAGCCUGUCCCGGGUGGCACCUUCCCAAAAGUCAGGACCAAGGUGCUCCCUUGGGCAGUAGAACCCCAAAACCCUUUAGCCCUGAUUUUACGUGGUGUUAAAACCUUCCUGGGGUGAAACUCCUGAGUAGCAGCUUUCCAUCCUUUGAAGAUAUCAAAGGUGUGAAAUAACAGAAUCCCAGAAUCACUGAGGCUGGAAAAACCCUCCAAGAUCAUCAGGUCCAACCUUUGACCCAUCUCCACCUUGUCCCCAUCAUUCCUGGACCAACAGUGUCUUAACUCCUGUUAUUUAAACAUGAUUUCAGUGGGGCCUUCCCAAACAGCCUCUGAA